CAGUUUAGUCCUGAAAAUGAAGAAAAUAGUUUCCCAUUGAAUAGAGAGCUCGUGAAUAAUGGUUGCGAAAACGAGUCGUCGAUAACGAGUCUAUCGGACAGUCGCCGGACGAGCACUUUCGACAUUACGGAAGUCAGUUCUAUCGCCGAAAUGCGUUCAAACGCUUCUUAUGCCGAACACAGAGAGUCGACGGCCAGCGAUAGACUCACUGUUUUGGAGACUAACGAUUGCGGCAUUGGUUUAAACAUUUGUAACUAUAUAUUCAAAUUGUCGGCCGAAGGGGACAACACUUUUGCCAAAGCUGUCGAUCACUUCAUUCAAUGCACACAAGAAACUAACGAAACGAAUCCUAUUAUAGUGUUGCGAAACAUUAGGCAAUUCAUGAAUGGGAUGAAGAACUAUCUCGUAAAACACGGUGAGGGAGAGCUCAACCAAAUGGUCGAACGGGAGAGGACUAAACUUAAGUCUAACGAGUUCUUGAACAUUGACGCCAUAUUGGAGAGCGCUUUGCAUCGACUCGUCAUUAAGCCGUUGAAGAAUUUUUUAUACCAACUCUUCAUCAAUGAGUACAACCGAAACGGUUCGCUAAAAGUGUUGUCGCGAAACAUAAAAGAGGCGCAAACCAAGAGUCCGGAAGAGUUGGGCGUUCGGCCGGAACUGUUGCCCAUCGACCACAAAGUGAUGGCAGAGAUUCAGAAGCAUUUAUGUCGUCUGCAACAGUCGUAUUCACCCCUCAAAAAGUUGGAGUAUUUAUUGUCAAGCUAAAGUACGUAAAUAUUGUCGCAAGCA